AUGAACAAAGGAAGUGACCAAGCCACUUAUUCGGUUAACGAUGAAAAUAACGAAAUCGAAAUUUUUCAAUCGGGUCGAUACAUUAGUUCCUCAGAAGCUGUUUGGAGGAUAUUAGGUUUUCCGAUUCAUGAGAGAGACCCAACAGUCGUUCAUUUAGCAGUUCAUCUGGAAAACGGUCAAAGAGUUUAUUUCAAUAAUAACACAAAUAUACAACAUUUUGCGGUAUCGCCUCCAAAAACUACGUUGACAGAGUUUUUUAAAUUAUGUUCUGAAGAUGACUUUGCUAAAACUUUAUUAUAUAGUGAAGUACCUGCUUAUUACACUUGGCGUCUUCAUGUAUUUAAACGUAGAAAAAUAGGUCAAAAUGUUCCUAAUUAUCCUGAAAUUAAAAAAAGUAAUGCUUUGGGUAGAGUUUAUACAGUACACCCUAACAAUUUUGAAUGUUAUAGUUUAAGAAUGUUACUUCAUAAAAUACGUGGACCUACAUCUUUCCAAUCAUUAAAAACGGUUAAUAAUCAAAUUCAUGAAUCUUUUCAAGCUGCCUGUGCAGCACUCGGAUUAUUAGAAAAUGAUGACCAUUGGGAUCAAGCAAUAGAAGAAGCCACUAUAUAUAAAAUGCCUUUUCAUCUAAGAAAUUUAUUCGUUAUCAUCUUAGGAUUUUGCCAUGUUACGGAGCCUAUCCAAUUAUGGUUGAAAUACAGAAAUGCAAUGUCAGAAGAUAUAUUACAUCGUUUCAGAAGACAUAAUGAUAACAAUCAACUUGAUUUUAAUAAUGAAAUUUACAAUGAAGCGUUAAUACUAAUUGAAGAUCAAUUAUUUUCAAUAUCAGGAAAAACAUUAAAUGAAUUUAACUUCACAUCUCCUCAACGAAAUGUUUAUGAAAAAAUUUUAGAAAGCGUAAAUGAGAAUCAAGGUAAAUUAUUUUUCAUAGAUGCCCCUGGAGGAACUGAAAAAACUUUUCUAUUAAAUUUAUUGUUAGCCAAAGUGCGGAGCAGUGGAAAGAUUGCAUUGGCUGUUGCAAGUUCAGGAAUUGCUGCUACUUUAUUAACCGGUGGAAGAACUGCUCAUUCUUUAUUUAAAUUACCAUUAAACUUAAAUAUUGAUGAUUCUCCGAUCUGCAAUAUAAGCAAACAAAGUGAAGCCGCGAAAGUUUUUAAAGAAUGUUCUGUUAUCAUAUGGGAUGAAUGUACAAUGUCACAUAAACGAGCUUUGGAGACAGUAAAUCGAACUAUGAUAGAUAUAAGGAAUGAUAAACAUGAUAUGGGUGGUAUGACAUUGGUUUUAGCGGGUGAUUUCCGUCAGACAUUACCUGUUGUCAAACGUGGUACCAGAGCUGAUGAAGUUAAUGCAUGUUUAAAGUCGUCUUUUUUAUGGCCAAAGUUGAAUUUAUUAUCAUUGUCAAAAAAUAUGAGAGCUCACUUAUAUAGUGAUGUGAACGCUGAAGAAUUUUCGAGACUUCUUUUAAAAAUUGGUAAUGAAGAAAUUGAAGAAGAAAAUGGUGAAGAGAUUAUUUAUACCUCUGUUGAUAAUGUAGUAGAGCAAGAUGAUGUAACUAAUUUUCCUGUAGAAUUUUUAAAUUCUCUGAAUCCAGCUGGCAUGCCACAUCAUAAUUUGAAACUAAAAGUUGCUGCACCAAUUAUGCUUAUGAGAAAUCUGAAUCCCCCUAAAUUGUGUAAUGGAACUCGACUACAAGUGAUAUCAUUGAAGAAAAAUGUUAUAGAAGCAAAAAUUAUUACUGGGACAAACGAUAUUGUUUUUAUACCUCGUAUUCCUAUUAUUUGUACUGAUUACGAAUUUCAAUUCAAACGCAUUCAAUUUCCGGUUAUGUAA